GUCUCCCUCUGCAAUUCUCUACUACACCAUCCCACAUACAUCCCAUAUACCUCUCUCACCAUGGCUACCGAACGUGUCAAGUCCAUUCUCGGCCAGCUCCUCCCAGGCCAAUCGCCGCUGGACAAGAUCACCCAGAAGAACCCCGACGACAUCGUCAUCACUCUCGCCAUCCGCACGCCUCUCACAAAGGGCAGGAAGGGAGGGCUCAAGGACACUCCUCUCGAUGGCAUUGUCUUCAAAAUCUUGGAGCAGGUCGUCAAGAAGUCUAACCUUGACCCUGCGCAAGUAGAGGAUAUCUGCUUGGGCAAUGUCUCCGAUUCCAAAGCAGCCUAUUACUGCCGUGCCGCUAUGCUCGCCGCUGGCUUCCCGAAUACCACUGCCGGCUCCUCGGUCAACCGUUUCUGCUCCUCUGGCCUCAAAGCCGUCCAGGACAUCGCCAACCAAAUCAUCCACGGAGAUAUCGAGUGUGGUGUAGCCGUCGGUGCCGAAUCCAUGUCUGCUGGUGGUGAUGCCCUCAGCCGCCCCUUCUUCGAAGACAUCCUUAAAGCCAGCCAGGAAGCAGUGGAUUGCAUGAUGCCUAUGGGACAAACGUCCGAGAACGUUGGAAAGGACUUCAACAUCACACGUGAACAGCAAGAUCGCUACGCUGCGGAAUCUUAUCGACGAGCGGAAGUGGCACAAAAGGCGGGCUGGUUCGAUGAUGAGAUUGUGCCCAUCAAGGCGGUUGUGGACGGAAAGGAAGUCACAUUGACUCGCGAUGAGGGUCCUCGCUACGGAACGACAUUCGAAUCACUCAACAAGAUCCGCCCAGCCUUCCCAGACUACGGCGACCGAUCUACUGGAGGCAACAGCUCGCAAGUGACAGACGGAGCAGCUGCUGUGCUCCUCAUGAAGCGUUCCAAGGCUCUCGAGCUCAACCAGCCCAUCCUAGCCAAAUUUGUCGGCGCUACAGUUGCAGGUCUUGCGCCUCGCAUCAUGGGCAUUGGCCCAUCCGUCGCCGUCCCUAAGCUCCUCUCCAAGUACAACUUGACCGUCGACGAUAUUGACAUCUUCGAGUUGAACGAGGCGUUUGCUUCGAUGGCUGUGUACUGCAAGGACACACUCAAGAUUCCACAUGAGAAGAUGAAUGUAAGAGGUGGAGCCAUCGCUUUGGGACAUCCCCUGGGUUGCACUGGUGCUAGACAGAUCGUAACAGGUUUGUCUGAGGCAAGGAGACAACAGAAGAAGAUUCUUCUGACGACGAUGUGUAUUGGCACUGGACAGGGUAUGGCUGGGUUAUUUGUUAACGAGCAGAAUGUGUAGAGUCAUGUAUAGAUUAGAUUGAUCGAAAACUAUGACGAAGACGACGACAUCUCGACAGCCUCAGACGAGCUAUUGGACGAUGAUGAGAAUGAGAAUGAUCGCGAGUCUUGUUAGAAG